GUGUGUUGACAAGGCGUCGAUAUGGUAUACAGUGAUGAGAUUUUCACAAUACGCUGUGAGUCGUUUCACAGUGAGGUAAAGAUAAGCAUACUUUGUUUAUCAACAUGUGGAAUGGGAACGCUUAAUACAUCAGAAGCAGUUGUAUUUAUCGAGGUAGUCGCCUAGCCUGGUUGUCUCACAGCUCGUUUUUCACCAAUGGCGACCAAUAACACUGACGCUCAACAGGAAUCACUGUCCGGAAGUGAUGGCAGUUCCGUCAAACGCAUUUUGAAUCACAUUGAUAGACUCCUUGCUUUCAACAAAGUGGAAUGGUUUCUGCAUGAACAAAGGAAGGAUACUAUUUUGAAACUUGACUUCAUUCAAGACAGAAAGUACACAAACGUUUUUCAAACGUCUGACGCACUGCCAAGAGUUAACGACCAUAUUUCACGGCUCACCAAGUCGCACAAACUCAAGGAAUGGAGUCUUCGUGAGGGAGAAGAAUGCGCUUCCAUCAUUAUCGCCUUUCAGUAUGAUAACUGUCAGUCAGCUGAAAAUUUAUUUUUCUUGAAUACUGAGCAUUUGAAGCUUGUUAGCGAUUUACAUGAACACAAGGAUAGUCACAGGUGGCAUUUGUCGGACACUUUGUCGGUCGAGUGGCAGUGUAAGUGUAAUCCUGGCGUGAGUGAUAAAGGUGGAAGAAUCCUAACUGAGAAAUAUUCUACCCCUUCAACCUGUACUCACCCACUUUCCCAUUGUGAACCACAUGGAACAGUUCCAAACCAGAUAGAAAGCGACACCUUGUCGCUCUCAUCCCCUGUUAAUCAAUCUGAUGUUCAAGUAAGACAGCUACCUCUAAAAGAGAAAAAGAUUUCCUCAAAGACCCCCGCACAAAAACCAUAUCAAUCCGCAAUGACAUCUUCAGCCAAGACGAGGAGAGAUGUUAAAUCGGAAUCAGAGAAUACUGCAAAAUCUUUCAAAAACAAAUUCCCCUCAAAGAUCAGCAAGAAUGUUUCAACCAAGAAACCACAAACAACUCAGAAUCCGUUCUCAGUUACAGGUUCAUCUGCAAAUCAAAAUAAUGCCAUCAGGAAGUCAAAGUCUGUUUAUGCAGGUAACAGUCUUCGACCUCUACAUAGAUCAAAAUCUACCUCUGGGAUCACAAUGCCCCGUGAUACUACACACAGAAAUGGAAAGAAAAUCAACGCAACUUCACAAGUUGAUCCAGAGCCUACUGCUACUAAAUUCACCUUCAGUAAGGAAUAUCGCAAAUUGAAAAAGCCUUCUGCAGUCAAUCUAAGCAACGUGUCUGUAAAACGAAAACAUGAACGAUCAGACCAUAUCACUGAUACUGAGGAUCACGUGCCGGGCCCAAACUGUGUGAAACCAGGGCCACAAAGUAUUGAAACUAAGGAAUCUAGUUCUUCAGACAAAGUAGGUCAAAAAGAGGUGGUAUCUUACAGAUCAAGUCAUCUGAAAAGUACCCAUGAUGGUAAAGGCAGUUAUCCGGUUUCUUCUGAUGAACACGGUAGUCCAAUUGGGGACAUAUACAGAUUGUAUUUUGCAGACAGUGCAGAUACCAGUAUGUACAAUAAUGAUGCAUUUUGGUCAUCUACUGACAGAACUCAAAAUUCAAAAAGCAGCGGUGCAAUACGUCAGACGACUGACAUGCAUCAGUGCAGCACGCCGUCCAUGAAACCAGGUGGUCAUGCCAGUUUAUUUGGGGAGCUGAUGAAGAAAUUCUUUUCCGAAGCAGCUGAAAAUACCAGCGACAUCAAAGCAGCAACAGACCUCUCAAAGUGUCAGUAUAAUAUAUCUAACUUUCACCAGGCUCCGUCUGACGUGACAACGCCGAGAAAUAGCAGAACAGAAUCGGAUUCGAGCAUUGAUGACAAUCCGCAGGAUGCAACACUGACAGAAGCAUCCCAAACUGACUGUGACAUGUUUUCCUGCUGUACAGAACCUUGCCUAGAUGAGUCUGUGAAGGAGGAGAUUCAGGACUACUACGUGAAGAUCUACAACCAAAUCCAGAGUGAACCAAGGGUAGAGACUGUUCAGCUGGUGUGGCAGAUUAAUGAGGAUGGAAGGAUUUGCCUCUACCACAAAUAUCUCAAGCAGGUCAAGAGUCACGACCUUGUAUCCCCCGAGGAACUGCAGGAUUUGGAGAAGAGCGGAUCUCACAGCGUGAUACCAAGGAACAUCAGACAGCAAUACAUAUUCAGACGUCUUCUGGAUGAGCUGGACCAAGUUACUUUUGACAACCGCCCUCUCACAAAUGCCGAGAAAAAGAGACUAGACAACUUUAUGACCAGUGAAGCAGGCUGCACAUGAUCACAGAAUUCAGAUCUUCAUACCUUUCCUCAUUAAUGCCUGUUAUGGAUAAUGUAAAUAGCAAUGUUGAGCUUGUAAACUAUAAAUCAGGAAAUUGAAAUUGAUUUCUCAAACACUUGUCUCCUAUCCGUUAAUAUAUUGACAUGAUAAAAUCACACAAAAAGAAACGUUCAUCUUCUUGGAGAUGUCUGUGUACAUAGUCUACGCUACCGUAAAUUACUUGGCUAUAUGUUUAUUUGUACAUAGGGGAGAGUUCGUUAAUUCCUGCUGCCAACCCGGAAGAUGCCACUGGGAAAGGUACCACCCGGAUAAACGGUGCCUCACUGUAAUCCAAUGUUUAAUCUGACAUUCUUUCUUUGAAGUGACUUUCGCCUAUUUUGCAAAUCGGGCAUGUUUGACAUUACUGUUGCACGUUUCUGCUUCUCCUGCGACGUUCAUAAGUUGUUUGGCACAUUCACAUCUUUUAACAAUGUCACUGAUAUGAAAAGUAACUGGACUAACCUAAACGUGUAUCUUUAAAGUUAUGAGGCUUCUAUGCCGGAUUUUUUAAUUUAAAAACGUCAUUAUUUUCGUGUAAAAAUCUAAAAAAACAUUGCGAAUAAAGUGUA